UCUAAGAAAUAAACAGGAAAUUUGUAACCCAGACCGAUAGUUAUACUGCAUUAACUCCUGCCACAUUUUUCAUGUUUCGGAAUUAUGAUAUGUACAAUGCCUGUCAAAAAUCAAAGUACAGCUAUUCUAGUGGGAGGGGCAACAUUAAUGGUGGCGCUGGUUGUACUCGGAGCCCGGAGGAAGUGAUGCGAACGAGACAGUUACCUACCGAGUGGCGUUUCAUUCUCGCUGUGAAUCCUGGGCUGUCAAGAUUGUUGAUAUCGGCAUCGUUACAAGGUGAUUUGGUGACGCCUUCCUGUAUGGAAACGGCAAACUGCUAGUCCAGUACUCUCACGCCAUUUAGAAGCAUCACUUUUUCCCAGCCCGUGAACAUGGAUCAUCACGAUCACUCGCAUUUCGAUGAAAAUGUUCCUACCGUGGGAAGCGCUGCACAAACUGUGUCCCACAACGAGCAUCACGCCCCUUCUUUUCUCGAUGACAUGGACAAAGGAGAGGAGGAAAAGUUGCUUGGAAUGUUGCACGUUCCCAUCUUACAUGGAGGGGUGAGGGAGGUGCUGUUGUUAUCCAGUUUGUCCACGGAUUCUGGAUUAACAUUCACCUUAGCCUGCAUUAUUCUUGUUGUAUGUGCUACCUUGCUGGAGCUCUUUAGACUUCUUUCGUGGUGGGUGGAGAACAAAUACUCUGGCGGGAGUUCCGGGAUGGGGUCCUCCUGUGGGUGUAAACAGUGUAAUAGCUUGACUGCAUGCAUCGGGGAACGUAGGGAGUAUGAUACAAUCCAUGAUGCUGGUUCACCAAGCAGAGGAGAGUCCUCACCACACCUUGUUGUCACAACUCCAUCAAAUAUAGAAGGGUGGGUGUCCUGGAUUUCCAUAGGUCUCCUCCAGUUCUUUGUCUACGUGUUUUCAACCUUCCUCAUGCUGAUUGCUAUGACGAUGAACAUCUAUCUGAUUAUCUCAAUGGCUUUCGGAUCCAUGUUUGGGAAAAUGACUGUCGUUCUCUUGAAGAAAAAGCUCAUGGAAGCCCAUAAGUGACGUCACAACAAUGGGGCAUCAAGAGGUUCCAUCGAUGAAGGGGAAAGGAGAUUACCAUUGCCAGGGUUUAUUUGUCAGGAUCAUCUCUCCUCCCCACCACAACCUCUUAAGGCCUUCGAAGUCAGAACAUCUGCCGCAGCAAGUGCUUUACAACAUGGAGGUUGGAGAUCUCCCCAUCCCGUGCCAGUUGUGGAGGAAGUGCUAAGAACUUCCCAACAUUCACUACUGAGCAGUACCACCUCGAAAUUUUAAGUAUAAAAAUAAUCUUUGGAGAUUUAGGAACCAAAGAAUUUGGCAAAUUACCUAAUUUUAUUUAAAUCGCAUAUCUAAGUUAAUUAGAAUAUAUAGUCUUGGUCAGCCGAUUUUAUAUACUAUUGAUUCUGUGACCUUGGCUACACAAAUAAACCUCUCAAAUGCA